AUUCCUUCGUCUUCAUCUCAAAGGCCCUCUGCAGCAUCCUUGGUAUCAUUCGCCCUUCGCUCAUCCCGCUUUCAACUCUGCCCCACCACUGCAUGAUCAUGACGGAACCAGAAUCCAAUGAACCCUCUCAAGAUCACAUCACCAGGGCAAAUGAUCACCCACAUACAGAUGUGCAUAUCCAAAUCCCCGCUACCGAUCCCUCCAACUCCUCUGCUCCUCUGGUCAACAGUAACGGCUGGGACGGCAAGUUGAGGCUCCCUCCUCGCAAUGCGGUUCUCUCCAACCCUGAGGUUCUGUCAGAUCCCGACUACUCAGACCCCGAUGCCCCUCCCGUCGACCAGAUUGAGGCCGAUGAGGAUCUCCUUGAGGACUUGCCCCUCGAUUCAGAAGAUAUUGAUCUCGUCCACUCCCGCGUCACUUCCAUUCCCGCCCUAAAUCUCUCGCGCUUCCAAAAAGUCCUGCGCCUGUGCCUGCGCCAGAACCAAAUCACCACCAUUGACUUCCCUCAAGAAUUUGCCGAGCGUCUACAAGAACUAGAUCUUUACGACAAUCUCAUUUCGCAUAUCAAAGGCUUAGAUUCUUUUAAAUCUCUGACUUCACUCGACUUCUCCUUCAACAAAAUCAAACACAUCAAGAACAUUUCACAUCUGACCACCCUUACCGAACUGUACUUCGUGCAGAACCGUAUCUCCAAGAUUGAGAAUCUGGACAACCUAUCGAAUCUGACGAGCAUCGAGCUUGCAGCAAACCGAAUCAGAGAGCUUGAGAAUCUCGAACCCUUGACAUCCUUACGUGAACUAUGGCUGGGCAAGAACAAGAUUACCGAGAUCAAGAACAUAUCGUCACUCUCAAAUCUCCGACUUCUCGACAUCAAGUCCAACCGUCUCACCGCCAUUACAGGACUGGAAUCUUUAUCAAAUCUAGAAGAACUCUACGUCAGCCAUAACGCCAUUGCCGAGAUCUCAGCAUCAUCUUUACAGCACAAUUUAAAACUCAGGGUCCUCGAUAUCUCGAACAAUCAGAUCGCUCAUCUCGAAAACAUCUCCCACUUGAAGGAUCUUGAAGAACUAUGGGCCUCUAGCAAUAAGCUCGCCGACUUCCGCGAGGUUGAGCGUGAACUGGCUGACAAGGAACACCUCGAAACCGUCUACUUUGAGAUGAACCCGCUGCAAUUGGCAGGGCCAGCCUUGUACCGAAACAAAGUCCGAUUGGCGUUACCUCAAAUCCGUCAAAUCGAUGCAACAUACGUUAAAGUCGCCUGAGGUAUCAUCGGAUGGGCAGUCCUAAUUGAUAGCGAAUGUCACACACCUGUUUCAGAAGGUAUUUGUCGACCCAUUUCGACCAUUACUCCGAGAUCCUUCGUUGGAUUCAUCACUCACGUGGUCAAGUGAGCAAAAGAAGCUCCUCACGCGUCCCAUAUUUUACCAUUUUCUGGCUGUGAGGACAUCGGUCCUCAAGAUGAAACCCUAAGUACUUGUGCUAGAACUGGAAGGCUAUCAAAAUGGGCAUUGAUAGGGGCAUGCAAAAUGGCAUAAUAUUGGGCAUAAGAACACGGCCACCAUGUCACGAGCGAUUCGGACAAAACCGCCACCGGGCACACGGAUUGGGUGAGCAUUGUUAACGAAGUUCAUGCAUUCACGAAUUGAGUAUCUGAAUCAUAAUAUUUCUCAUUCCUCUACUCAAGGGCCUAGCAUCAAAGACGAACUCUUUACAUGUCAAGGUCUCAUGAUAGUACAGGAGCCAUGCCUUUUUUUUCUUUAUCGAAAAAAAAGACACUUAAAGGAGUAUUUGACGCAUUAGAAAUUCGCUGCAUAAGCCCGAGAGACAAACUCCAAUCCCAGCUGUCCCGAAUCCCGAUAUCCACAUCCGGUUCGGUCAAAGCUUGCCAACAAGUUGAACGCCACAUGAACACCGACCGUCCUUUUUUUGCA